AUGCUCUUUUCUUCUACAGCUGGUGUAGGUGGUCUUCAAAAGCCUCCAGGCUCUGACUCCGUUAACUCUCCAAGUCUCCGAGAUCUCUCUCUCUUCCUCAUUUUCUCUCUCGCCACGAUUCUGUUCAGCUCUUCGAAUGGCUCAAGCUUAGAUCACCGGAGAUUACUAUAUGCAAUAGCAGCUGCAGCAUUGGAGCAUCGGCGAUCCAAGUCCGAAGCUCACUUAAGCUUCGGAAACGCGUCUCUGAGCUAUCGGAAACAGUUGCAGUUUCACUGUGAAAAUAUGGAAUGUUGA